GACCCGCUGAGUUCCUCCAGCAUUUUGUGUGUUGCUCCAGAUCCCAGCAUCUGCAGUCUCACUUGAGUCUUGUGUCUCCCUUUAUUUAAGGACUGUUCUUGUAUGGGAGGCGGUUAUUAAAGAUAAACUGAUGAAAACCAAAGUAACAACAGCUAAUAGGUUCCCGGGUCGAUCCCUUUUUGGAACCACGCUGGAUAGUAAAGGUUUGGACAAAGAGCUACUAGAGGAGGAACAGCUUUCUGAUGAGUCAAAAAGUUGUUGUCAACCAGGGUCUCCAUUGGUGCAAGGUGCAGACAACGCUCGCAGAACCCAGCCACUCAGCAGCCCAAAGCCAGGCCGCUGCCUUGAUUCUAAUAGGACCAUGAGCCCCAAGACAGAAUCUGUCGAGAAUGCAGUUGGCUCCAGACAGAGUCUGGCCAAGGACAGGGAUUGCCAGACGCAACUGAACAAGUCACACAAUACACAGGCCGUCAGCCUUGAACGAAGGAUCGCUGAGCAGCAAAUCGGCAGUGAGGUGAUCCCUGCGCAGGGAGGGACACCUGACCUGCGGAGAGGGACACCUGGCAUGCGGUCACCGUUGUGUGAGACUCCGGAGAGGCUUCCCACACAAGAAGAGGAAUGUCUAAUUCCAAAAAAUAUUCAGCAUAAAUUUAGGACCCAUGUUGUGAAUGAGGUCCUGUCAGACGAAAAGGUUAAGGAGUUCUUGUAUCAGAAGCAGUUGCCUGCGGGGAACUUGGAUUCCAAGGACACCACUGCGGAGACACAGAAGAGCAUCAUUGAUGAGACAAACACAUAUGAACAAAUAGGCUACCCACUGCGAUGUAACAUUUUCCCAGGUUUCUCGGGCGGAUGGAAGAGCGAGGCCCAAUCCACCUAUACAAAGGAAGUGGUCGAACGCUUUAAACGGGAUCCGGAACACUGGCAUGGCAGGACAUCAGAUGAUCUGGGUCACUGGGUUGAGAUGAACGUCACUCAUCAGAGAGUCAAGAAAGCAUUAGGGGAGCUGGAGAAAAGAUUGGAGAAUUCCUAGAGCAAUUGAGAACAUAAAACAUUGAAAUAAA